AUGUAUUAAAAGACAUCGAUCUCUCAUUGCUAAUUAUGUAAAAUGUAAGCUAUGAAACCUAUCUCCUUAAUUUGUUCUCAUACACUUUGUUUCAAAUGUGGAUAAAAUAUAUCUAUUUAGGAAAAUACAAGGUAAGAGAAAAUUUGAAUUUAUAUUUUAGUUAAAUACAGAAUAAGUUUAGAAUUCAAUGUCCAUUAUGUCGUAGAGUCACACAUACUUAUGAUAUCAAUAAUCUCUUAAUGGAAAAUAAUGAAUUGAAUCUCAUAACAGAUUCAAGUGAAAUGGACAAAGAGAUUCUAAAUGAGGUAUUUACUCAUUUACAUAUAGAGUUAAUUAUAAAAUGAUUCAUAACAUUGCAGAAGAUAUUCUAAUUUUGAUAUUCCAAAUAAAGCUCAAAACACAGCUCAAUAAAAAAUGUCAGAAUUAUUAACUUAAACUAAUAAUGCUAUGAAAUUGAUGAAUGAAAAACCUAAACAAAAUAAUACAACAAUUGGUCAUAUUCAUAAAUAAUCAGCAACAGUUGCUGUAAUCCCUGAAGAAAGUAUUUUUAUAUUUGAAAUUAUUAGAUCGUUCUAAAGUUCAACUCAAUUAAUAACCUUACGGAUCUUAAUUUUAAUCUUAGAUAUAAAAAACCUUAAUCUAAUAUCAAUAAUAAUAAUAAGAACUUCAAUUAUAAACUUAAUUAGUUAAUAAAGAUAUAUUAAAACCCAAUAAUAAUACUCCUAAUGCUAGUCCUUAUUCAACUCCACUUGCAUCCUAAUUUCACAUUAAUUUUCAAAAUACUGAUAAUAAAAAGUAAACAUAAAAUCCACCUCAAUUUUAACCAUAAAAAGAUAAACCAUAUUAUUUAGAUGAUAAAAAAUACACUCAAGAAAUUAAAGAAAAUUAAUUUCAAAAAGAUAUAUAGAAAGAAAUUACUGAACCAUCUCGACACAAAAGAAGUGCUACUGGAGUACCUAAUAAAUAAUUAACUAAUAAUAAUAAUAUAUCAAUUAUUAAUAAUGUUAAUCAAAAUAAUACUAAUAAUGAAAAUUCAGAAUAAAUAAUUACUUAAUAUUUUUAAAUUAUACAAAAAGGUUUAUAAAAAUUAGAAAAAGAUACUUUAAUGAUUAUUAAAAAUAAAAAUGUUCAUCCAUAAGCUCUAUAUUAAAAAAUGAAAUAAUUAAAUCAAACUAAAGAUCAAGAUGGUGAACUAAUUUAAUCAAUUAAAAUAGUAAUUAAAUUAUAAACUGAAUUAAAUGGAUUAUCAACACCAUCUUGUCAUAGAAAAACAAGUUCUCAUGCUAGUCAUAGAUAUUCAAAUAAUACAACUAAUACAAAAAGUGAUCAUAGUUCUACUUCAAUUUUGCAAUAAGAAUUUAAAAACUUAAAGAAAUUGUUUUGA